UUAGCUUUGCUCCGUCUCUUGCUGUGCAUAUAAAUGCUGAGUGGAUAUCUGGCAGCUUUAAUGCACCCUCCUCCCUUCAGACUGCUGUCAGUCUCUCCCUCGAAGAACCACAGAGGCAAGCGAGAGGUUGUGCAUGCAGGUGACAAGUCACUGCAGAGAUGCCAGAGACAUCCAGUGAGAGCGUGAGACGUGGACAGCACCAGGCCCAGCCACAGCAUGACAAGAUCAAACAUCUGGAGGAGUCAUGCCCACCACCUCCUCCUCCUCAGACCAGGGACAUGGUGUCACCACCUGCCUCAGUAAGUCAGUGUUGGGACAGUAUGGAAGACAUAAGGCCGAGGCAACAGAGGCCAUCAGUGCUGCGUCAAGUUUCCCAAACAGCUUCCAGGCGACAACACGUGCAUCCAGGAAAUAGCGAAGCUGCCUCCAGUUGCAAGGAAGAGGUGGAUUCGGGUCAUCUUUCCCAGUCCUCUUCACGACAGAUGGGCUCCCUACUCAGGCAAAACCAUGACUUGCUGCCUUUGAGGCGAGAUGGUCCAAAGCAGAGCUCCGUUGAGGCCAGGCUUCAUGAUGGCAUCCCUGAGGGGACCAGUGCUCUGUUUGUGAGUGGCCUCUGCCGCUGGCCUGGCUGUGAUGCAGUGUCUAAAGAUUUUUCCAGCUUCUUAAAGCAUCUCCAUUCUGAACACAGUCAUGGUGACAGAAGCCUUGCUCAGUGGAGGGUCCAGCAGGAUAUGGUUCGGUGCUUGGAGAGUCAGCUCAUCCUGGAAAAACAGAAACUCGUUGCAAUGCAGCUUCACCUGCACCUCUCUGAAAACAAAUACACUGAUUUGAAGGCAGCUUCUGAGUGGCCAUAUAGCCUUCCUCUGUUCCUGCCACAGCCUCAGAUGGCAGAUGGAGACAGAGUGCAGCAGUGGUACAUUAAACAUCUGGAAGAGUUGUCCCGGCAUGGCUACAGAGCUACUGGUUCUGCCAACCUUCUGCCAGAUUUGGUCCCCAGCAUUGAAUAUUACAAAUACAACAACAUCAGGCCUCCGUACACCUACGCCUACUUGAUAAGAUGGUCUAUCCUGGAGUCUCCAGACAAACAGCGUACUCUCAAUGAGAUUUACAACUGGUUUACUACCAUGUUCUUCUACUUCAGACACAACACUGCAACAUGGAAGAAUGCAGUGCGUCACAACCUCAGCCUACACAAGUGUUUUGUGCGAGUGGAGGGAGGAAAGGGAGCGGUGUGGACAGUGGACGAAACAGAAUACCAGAGGAGGAAGGGCCAGAAGUAUCACAGGGAUUGUCCUGUCAAGUGGCUCACAUCCUACUCCCAAUACUGUCCAGAGGACAACUGAACACCAACAGAUGCCAGGCGCUGAACUUCUGGAGCCACAAAGGUGGUUAAUCAGAGCUGUAUGAAGAAAUGAAGAAUUCUGUCGACAUGUCUAUUUUUAUUUUGUGUUAUUUUCAAGUGACUUGGUUAAACAUGAUUGUAUUGUUUGUUACAUAGAGAUUUUGUUGUACACGGACUGGGAAACAGUUUUUUGCGCUUCGCUGAUUGCUGAUUCAAAAGAAUUGUUGUAAAAUAAAUGGAGCCAACGUU